GAAUGCGGUCAGCAAUGCGUCGUGGCAUUAGUGUCUCGUGCUUGGCGGCAGUUUCGGCUCUACGACCUCGAGCGGAGCGGCGUACUUGUGCAGUGCGGCAGCGGCAGAGCUGGCGGUAGCGCCACCGUGCCUUAGCGACACCACGUCUGUGCUGUCCGCGAAUGGUGAACGUGUCGCGAGGAAACGCAAAGUACAUUUGUUCCGGUUUCUUCCUUGUCAUGAGCAUUUAUUUUGCUUAAUGUCUUGCACUUAUUGUCACGCAAUGCUUCGAACACGGCUGUGGCUAGAAGCUUUUACGCAACCCGCGGAGGAAUAGGUGUACUGCUUACCAUCACUCCGUCAUGAAGUGCCACCCGUGCGGUCUGUUUCUCCUGGUGCUCUUCUCACUUCGAGGAUCCUGUCUGGCAGUGGUCAUCCGACGGCUGAGCGUACCUCGCUGGGUGCGAAAUGGCACUGAGACACCGGCGGUGCUGGACUGCGAGUACGUGUACAACGAAAAUGACCUCAAGCUGGUGGUCAAGUGGUUUUUUAAUGACGGGCCCGAGCCAGUGUAUCAGUGGAUCCCCGAGAUGAGGGUCCGCGAGGCGUUCGGAGUGCUUCAGGGACGCCUGGACGACACAUUUUCAGUGAACUCACGCGACGCGUAUUCGCAGUACCGUGCCAUCCGCAUUCUGAGGCCAACUUGGGAGCUCAGCGGCAAGUACACGUGCGUCGUCGCCUCGCUCGCGGGCCAGGACGUGCGGCACCAAGAGAUGACAGUCUUCGUUCCGGCAAAGUCGUUUUCGUUCAACUACAGCAAUUCGCUCCAGUCUGCAGACCAGAAUCCGCGACUGCGUUCUCAAGAACCCUCCGUGAGGUUCUUGUGUGCGGCUCGGGGCACGUACCCCAAGCCGGAGCUGAAGCUGUUCCUCAUCAAAGGCGGCCGGCGGAGACCCGUGGGAGAAGCCGGCGUCCGAACCUUUACGAGAGCCACGGCGGAAGGGCUCUUCGAAGUGGUUCUCCACGCCGACAUGGCAGAGAGCCAGCUAUCUUCGCUGGCCGACCUGUUCGAGUGCGUGCUGGAGAUUCCAUACAGCAACUACGCACAGACGCGGAGGUUAAGCCUCGCGCAAGAACUCACCUGGGGAGCUUACGGCAGCAUUGUUGACACGGACCUGUCAGCGCUUAUUUUCCGGAGACGUGGCACGAGAUGGAGCACAGCGCACGAAGGCAUCACUGAUGUUACAAGGAUCUGCGGGCUUCGUAGUUAACAAUAUUGUUAGUAGCAAGCUGUGGUGGUUGGUAAUACAUUGUGAAAUGAGGAGUGGAAUCAACUGCCAAAAAUGAUAAACAAUCGUUUUGUCUAAAUCGGAAAUUUCGAUGACUAAGUGCCAACGCUGCAAGUGACUUGUCUUGCCACGUUCCUCAGUCGACAUCAUCGUCCACUAGAGGUUCCUUCCGUGUGUAUUUUGCCACUUUUACAUAGCUGAAAGAAGCUCUACGCAGUGAAGCUGCAGUGCUCCAUUAAAUGUUCAUAUUAGGACUUUGGAGACAUACCGACACAUUUUAUUUACUUUUUGAUUACCCUAACUCAUCCCGGACUGCAUUGUUGAACACCCUGUAUAUGAAGUGACGGACUUGCACAGUAAAUCAAAUGGAAGCAUCCCUUAGAAAUACGCUUGUUUUGGUGCCUAUAUCCCAACUCUUUUUUUUUUCAUGUGUACAGAAGCCUAAUAUAUGAAGAAUUUAUUUUGCCUUUGGCACCGGAAUCAUUCAAGAGAACAAAACGACUCUGCAAAUCCUCCGUUCGGUGAUUUACCAAUGAUCUAAGUACAGAGAAACCUCGAAAUCAGUAAUAAUACUACUUGGCCCGGUAAGAUUGUAUGCUUGCACAAUUGUGCGCUUGAAGACCGGAACACCACCCUCAUCGCAAUAAAGUAUUACGAAUGA